CUGCGUUAACAUUGAGCAUUUUGCGCCAUCGUUAACAGUACAGCUGAGCGCCAUCGAUCACAUCUAUAAGAUAAUUUAUUAAAAUUUUAACAAAAUGUCGUGCGUAGAAGCCAUUAAUGAAUUGGAGGCGCGACUUGGCGAGGCCUCUUUAGAGGAUGUCGCUAGUCGUCAUCGUCGCGAGCGCAAGGAGCUGCAAGCCAAAUUGCAGGCAAUGAAGAAAAAUGCCCCAAAGAACAACAAAAACAAACGCAAAGAAUUUCUCGAGGAGAUGGCCCGUCUAGAAGGAGAACUGGAACAGCGUCACAAAGUUGAGCUCCAAGAUGCUACUGCGGCAGAAGCUGCAUCACCAGCUGCAAUUGAGCCCGCAGUGGAAAAAUUGUCAACAGCAGCCCCAGCUGCAGACAGUGACAAUGAAGAGUCCGAUGUAGUGCAUCCAACGCACCAACGUGUGUCGAAGGCCCAAAAGCGCCGGAACAAAAAGGAAAAGGAGGCACGCGAACGGGAGGAGGAAAUCCGGGUGGAACUGCAAAACGCCGCCAAUCAGCCGUCGCCCAAGCAAAUUGAACUGCAACAAAUCACAGCCAAGCUGAAAGACCGCCAGCUGGCGCUCCACAUGAUACCCUCAGAUGGCGAUUGUCUCUACAAUGCGAUACGACAUCAGCUGCAGCUGAAUGCGAUGCCCAGCCACAGUGUCCAGGAGCUGCGAACCGAGACGGGCAACUAUGUGCGCGCCCAUAAAGAUGAUCUCAUUUGCUAUAUGACCCAUCCGGAUACAGGAGAUCUACUCAAUGACGAGCAAUUCGAAUCCUACUGCCGGGACAUAGUCAAAACCCAUGCCUGGGGCGGACACAUCGAGCUCAAGGCGCUCUCCUCGUUACUACGCGUGCCCAUUGAGGUAAUCCAGGCCGAGGGCUCCUCCACGCUGCUGGGCUUGGAGGAGUUUGGCGGGGCGCCUCUCGUCGUUUGCUAUCAUCGUCACAUUUACCAACUAGGCGCCCAUUACAACUCCACAAUUCCAGUGGAGUAGGAGCAUAACUAGAAGCUGAGCAUACAAAUGAAAUAAAAUGU